GUUCGUCCUUCUUCGGGCUAUAAGAAGGCAGAUGAUGAGAUGUCCCGGGCCACGUCUGUUGGAGACCAGCUGGAGGCACCAGCCCGCACCAUUUACCUCAACCAACCGCAUCUCAAUAAAUUCCGUGACAACCAGAUCAGUACAGCCAAGUACAGCGUGUUGACAUUUCUACCUCGAUUCUUGUAUGAGCAGAUCAGAAGAGCUGCUAACGCCUUCUUCCUCUUCAUUGCCUUAUUACAGCAAAUCCCAGAUGUAUCUCCAACAGGAAGAUACACCACCCUGGUGCCGUUGAUCAUUAUUUUAACAAUUGCAGGCAUCAAAGAGAUUGUAGAAGAUUUUAAGCGACAUAAGGCAGACAAUGCAGUUAACAAAAAGAAAACCAUAGUGUUAAGAAAUGGCAUGUGGCAUACCAUUAUGUGGAAAGAGGUGACAGUGGGAGACAUUGUGAAGGUCGUCAAUGGACAGUAUCUCCCUGCAGACAUGGUCCUGCUAUCCUCCAGUGAACCUCAGGCAAUGUGUUAUGUUGAAACAGCUAAUUUAGAUGGGGAGACGAACCUUAAAAUACGUCAGGGUUUGAAUCAGACUGCUGAUAUGCAAACAAGGGAGGCACUGAUGAAGUUAUCUGGAACUGUGGAGUGUGAAGGGCCCAACCGCCACCUCUAUGACUUCACUGGAAACUUGAACUUAGAUGGGAAAAGCCCUGUUGCCCUUGGGCCUGACCAGAUCUUAUUAAGAGGUACACAGCUUAGAAAUACUCAGUGGGUCUUUGGCAUAGUUGUUUACACUGGACACGACACCAAACUCAUGCAGAAUUCCACCAAAGCUCCUCUUAAGAGAUCGAAUGUUGAGAAAGUGACCAAUGUGCAGAUCCUGGUGUUGUUUGGCAUCCUCUUGGUCAUGGCCUUGGUGAGCUCAGCAGGGGCCCUGUACUGGAAUGGAUCUCAAGGUGGAAAGAACUGGUACAUCAAGAAGAUGGACACGACCUCGGAUAAUUUUGGAUAUAACUUGUUGACAUUCAUCAUCUUGUACAAUAACCUUAUUCCCAUCAGUCUGCUGGUGACUCUUGAGGUUGUGAAAUACACUCAAGCCCUUUUUAUAAACUGGGACACAGAUAUGUAUUAUCCUGGAAAUGACACUCCUGCUAUGGCCAGGACCUCAAACCUCAAUGAAGAGCUUGGUCAGGUUAAAUACCUGUUUUCUGACAAAACUGGAACUCUUACAUGCAAUAUCAUGAACUUCAAGAAGUGCAGCAUUGCUGGAGUAACCUAUGGUCAUUUUCCCGAAUUGACAAGAGAGCCAUCCUCAGAUGACUUCUCCCGGAUGCCUUGUCCCCCUAGUGAUUCUUGUGACUUUGAUGAUCCCAGGCUCUUGAAGAACAUGGAGGAUCAUCAUCCCACAGCUCCUUGCAUACAGGAGUUCCUCACCCUUCUGGCUGUGUGCCACACCGUUGUUCCUGAGAAGGAUGGAGAUAACAUCAUCUACCAGGCUUCCUCCCCAGAUGAAGCUGCUUUGGUUAAAGGCGCUAAAAAGCUGGGCUUCGUGUUCACAGCCAGGACACCCUACUCAGUCAUCAUUGAAGCCAUGGGACAGGAACAGACAUUCGGAAUCCUUAAUGUCCUGGAAUUUUCUAGUGACAGAAAAAGAAUGUCUGUAAUUGUUCGAACUCCUUCAGGACAACUCCGACUCUAUUGUAAAGGGGCUGACAAUGUAAUUUUUAAGAGACUUUCAAAAGAUUCAAAAUACAUGGAGGAAACAUUAUGCCAUCUGGAAUAUUUUGCUACGGAAGGCUUGCGAACUCUCUGUGUGGCUUACGCUGACCUCUCUGAGAGUGAUUAUGAGGAGUGGCUGAAAGUCUAUCAAGAAGCCAGCACCAUACUGAAAGACAGAGCUCAGAGGCUGGAGGAGUGUUAUGAAAUCAUUGAGAAGAACUUACUGUUACUUGGAGCCACAGCCAUAGAAGAUCGCCUUCAAGCAGGUGUUCCAGAAACCAUAGCAACUCUGUUGAAGGCAGAAAUUAAAAUAUGGGUGUUGACAGGAGACAAACAAGAAACUGCAAUUAAUAUAGGGUAUUCCUGCCGGUUGGUAUCACAGAAUAUGGCCCUUAUCCUACUGAAGGAGGAUUCUUUGGAUGCAACAAGGGCAGCCAUUACUCAGCACUGCACAGACCUUGGAAAUUUGUUGGGCAAGGAGAACGACAUGGCCCUCAUCAUCGAUGGCCACACCCUCAAGUAUGCGCUCUCCUUUGAAGUGAGGAGGAGCUUCCUAGACUUGGCGCUCUCCUGCAAAGCGGUCAUAUGCUGCAGAGUGUCUCCUCUGCAGAAGUCUGAGAUAGUAGACGUGGUUAAGAAGCGGGUAAAGGCCAUCACCCUCGCCAUCGGGGAUGGUGCCAAUGAUGUCGGGAUGAUCCAGACAGCCCACGUGGGUGUGGGAAUCAGUGGGAAUGAAGGCAUGCAAGCGACGAACAACUCGGAUUAUGCCAUCGCACAGUUUUCCUACUUAGAGAAGCUUCUGCUGGUACACGGUGCCUGGAGCUACAACCGGGUGACCAAGUGCAUAUUGUACUGCUUCUACAAGAACGUGGUUCUCUACAUUAUUGAGCUUUGGUUCGCCUUUGUAAAUGGAUUUUCUGGGCAGAUUUUAUUUGAACGUUGGUGCAUCGGCUUGUACAAUGUGAUAUUCACUGCAUUACCACCGUUCACUCUGGGAAUCUUCGAGAGGUCUUGCACUCAGGAGAGCAUGCUCAGGUUUCCACAGCUCUACAAAAUCACCCAGAAUGCUGAAGGCUUCAACACAAAGGUUUUCUGGGGUCACUGCAUCAACGCCUUGGUCCACUCCCUCAUCCUCUUCUGGUUUCCCAUGAAAGCGCUGGAGCAUGAUACUGUGUUGGCCAACGGUCAUGCCACUGACUAUUUAUUUGUUGGAAAUAUUGUUUACACGUAUGUUGUUGUCACUGUUUGUCUGAAAGCUGGUUUGGAGACUACAGCUUGGACUAAAUUCAGUCAUCUGGCCGUCUGGGGAAGCAUGCUGAUCUGGCUGCUGUUUUUUGGUGUCUACUCAACCAUCUGGCCCACCAUUCCUAUUGCUCCAGAUAUGAAAGGGCAGGCAGCUAUGGUCCUGAGCUCCGCACACUUCUGGUUGGGAUUACUCCUGGUGCCUACUGCAUGUCUGAUCGAAGAUGUGGCAUGGAAAGCGGCCAAGCAUACCUGCAAGAAAACAUUGCUGGAGGAGGUACAGGAGCUGGAAACGAAGAUGGGAAAAACGAUGCUUCGGGAUAGUAAUGGAAAGAGGAUGAAUGAGCGAGACCGCUUGUUAAAGAGGCUCAGCAGGAAGACGCCCCCCACUCUCUUCCGAGGAGGUUCCCUCCAGCAGAAUGUUCCACAUGGGUACGCCUUCUCUCAAGAAGAACAUGGAGCUGUCACUCAGGAAGAAAUUGUUCGUGCUUAUGAUACCACCAAAAAGAAAUCAAGGCAGAAAUAAGUCAAGUUUCCCCGAUUAAUGCUAGGAAAGAGAUGCAGUUUGUUGUACCCAUUGUUAAUACGUUUUUGUCAGAAGAGACUGGUGUCAGCAGCCAAAACACGGGAAAACACAUUUCUGUGGCCUUAGCCAACCAGUUUGUUAGUUAUAUAUUCCUGUGCAAACCUGGGGUAUGUACCAUGGGAGAAGCCAUUUCUCCCUCACAAUUUGUCUGCAGUGCUUGGCCUAACCUUUGUUUACCUUGUUAUGAAGCAUUCAACUGUGCUCUGUGAAGUGUGAAAUUAAAACCAUUAUGUUUCACCGAUAUUUAGACAUCAGUACAAGUUGUUCUGGGAGGAAAGAUAAAAGAGUUUUAUGUUGCGUGAGAAACCCACCUUGUGGCAGGGGAGCUGGGACACCCUUGCUUCCUGUUUUGUUACCUCACAGAUUAAGUCCACAGGGCAGCAUGUAAACUUUACUUUAGGCAGGUUGCUGUCUUGCUUUGUUUCCUAUUUUGUUUGUAUGAAGUUGGCAUAAACUUCUUGGUAGCAAUGAAAUCACAAAUAUGUGUAUCUGGGUGGGAAACCUGAGAACGUUGGUUUGAACCUCUUUGCCACAUUCCCAGUGGGACAAACCAUUGAUGUCCAACAGAAUCUCCUGCGCCCUUCCCAGGUGCCUUCCGACCCAACCCUCCCACUCAUUCAAGUUCCUCGUCCCAGACGUGCAUGGCUAGCCACCGUGCUCAGUGCAUGGCUGCUGGUGGGCAACAACCGGAGUCCACACCCUUUCUUCCACAGAUCCAGAUACAUGUGCAAGAAAUCCCUUCUUCCAUUCACCCUUUUCUGCAUAUAUUCUAAAUGUUUAUAUUCCUCUUUGUGGUGAGGGAAGCCUGUGGGUCAGGGCGGUGGUGGAGACAUGCUCUGGUCAGGUUCUCAGUACUCACUUCCCAGUUUCCAGACAACUGGACCCCUGGCAUCUGUGUAACUUUAGAACCCACACUUGUCUUCUCGGGAGUUGAGGGCACAUUUUGGAUUGUCACUGUUGGAAAAUGAAUGAAUUUAGAGCACAACUCCCCAGCGAAGGAACACACCUGUCGCUCUGUAGCUCUAGAACCAGAGAGGAUGUGCAAACCCAGAUGAGAGAGUAAGGGCCCCUGGGUGUGGGGGAGGAGGGUGGCCAUGGAAGGAGAAAGCACCAACCAAGGACACAGACACAGGGAGGAGGACAUAGGGGACAUUUCCCACCGACUCUGAGCAAAAAUUCUGAAAUCAAGCCCUGAUGCCCAGACGAUUGUCCUGAUCAGCCUAAUAUGUCCAGGAGGUUAAACAUGACGUUGACAGGCAGUUUUAAUUGCAAAGAAUUCAAAACAUUUCAACACCUUUUUUUAUACCAACAGGCAUCCUUCCUUAUUCAGUCAGUGUUAGAUACAGGCACUGCUCACAGUAGGAGGUAUCCCGAGUAUAAAAUGAGGAAGGGACGUCAUUGACUUUCCAAACUGGAGAGCCCCUUGUUCUAAAUUUGGACAGAACCUCGAUGCCUUUGAGCAGCUAUGUGAGCACCUGGAGCCCUUAAUAAAUGACCAGCCUGGAGGCACGUUCUCUCCACUCUGCUUUGGUUGCCAAACCAAAUUUUUGGAUGGCUUAACAUAAAUACUUCUGGACAGCUGUUGCUGGUUACAGUGGCACAGUUCCUCUGGGAAUAGCUGUACUAAAUUAGGAAAUAGAACAACAGUGCACUCUGCUUCCUAACUCUUUAUUUUUGGAACAUCUACAGCUUAUCAGGCAUUGAAAUAAUUUAGAGAAUGAUUUUGCAUUGACGAAGAAAACUAAUCCCUGACUUCUGAUCAAGAUGGCAGUAUAGACAGACAUGGCAUGCCACUUCAAGAACGACAUCAAAAUUACAACUAAAAUAUACAACAACCAUCACUCAGAACCAUCAGAAAUUGAGUUCAAUGGAAUUCUAACAACUAUGGAAUUAAAGAAACCACAUCCAUCCAGACUGAGCCAGUAAGCUGGUGCCAUAUCUGAGACUUCAACAACCUGGCUAACACUAUUUGACCUGCCUCAGAGAUACCCAGAGACUCUGCCCCACCCAAAUUACAGGCCAACUCAAGCCACUUUUCCAUAUGAAUGGCUGGUCUUAGCUCAUGCUUAACAACUUCCUGAAUCCUCUCAAACAAGUAACAGCUGGCUUCAGUGAGCCCUCGGUCCAGCACUAGCAGCAGCCAGCCUAGAAUCACAGCUUGGCAUCACCUGGGAAUCUCCAAGCCCAGCACAAAUAGCAGCCAUCUCAGAUAUCUUUAUAGCUCAGGCAGGGUGGCCCCAGGAAAAACACAGGUGGGGGCUGACCUUGACCUUCACACCCAGUGGACACCUACAUACCUGGUCGGAGCACCACCACCCUGCCCCUGCACAGCUGAUCCUCCACAGAGGGCAGAGGUUGGUGGUAAGUGGUCACAGCCAAUCCUUGCAGCUGACUGACCUGGGUAAAUUCCUCCCCUUGAUCUGCCAACAGCAACCAAGGCUCAAUUACAAGAGGAGGGUGUACUCAGUCCACAUGCAGGGCAAACCUCAAGUGCCCACCUUGGGUGAUAGAGGAGGCUGUUCCACUGGACCUUACAUAAUACCUACUACAUUAGGUCGCACUACCAAGAUAUGGAGUCAUAGCAGCUCUACCUAACACAUAGAAACAAACACAGGGAGACUGACAAAAUGAGGAGACAAAGAAACAUGGCCCAAAUGAAAGAACAGGUCAAAACUCCAGAAAAAGAACUAAACAACAUGGAGAUAAGCAAUCUAUCAGAUGCAGAGUUCAAAAUACUGAUGAUAAGCAUGCUCAAGGAACUUAGAGAGCACUUCAACAGCAUAAAAACGAUCCAGUCAAAAAUGAAGGAUACACUAAUUGAAAUAAAAAACAAUUUACAGGGAAAUAGCAGUAGAGGGGAUGAAGACAAGAAUCAAAUCAAUGAUUUGGAACAUAAGGAAGCAGAAGACAAACAAUGAGAACAACAAGGAGAAAAAAAGAAUCCAAAAUGAGGACAGUAUAAGCAGUCUCUGGGACAACUUCAGGUGGUCCAACAUUUGCAUCAUAGGGGUGCCAGAAGGAGAAGUGAAAGAGUAAGAAAUUGGAACUCUUUUUGAAAAAAUAAUAAAAGAAAACUUCUCUAAUUUGGUGAAGGAAAUAGACAUGCAAGUCCGGGAAGCACAGAGUUCCAAACAAGAUGGAUGAAAGGGGCCCACUCCAAGACACAUCAUAAUUAAAAUGCCAAAGUUUAAAUAUAAAGGGAGAAUCUUAAAAGGCCGCAGGAGGAAAAGUUAGUUACCUACAGGGGAGUUCCCAUAAGACUCUCAGCUGAUUUUUCAAAAGAAACUUAGCGGGCUAAAAGGUAUUGGCAAGAAAUAUUCAAAGUGAUGAAAAACAGGGACCUACAGCCAAAAUUGCUCUACCCAGAAAACAUAUCAGUUAGAAUCGAAGGGCAGAUAAAGAGCUCCCAAGAUGAAAAAUUAAAGGAGUUCAUCAUCACCAAACCAUUAUUAUAUGAAAAGCUACAGGAACUUACUUAAGAAAAAGAAGAAGAUCAAAACUUUGAACAAUAAAAUGGCAAAAAUAUAUAAAUCCAGCAACAAUUGAAUCUUUAAAAAAACAAACAAACUGAGCAAACAAAAAGAAGAGACAGAAUCAUGGAUUCAGAGAAUCAUGCCAGAUGGGAGGGGCAUGUUGGGGAAUGGGUGAAGAGAUGAGGGGAUUAAGGAGUACAAAUAGAUAGUUACAGAAUAGCCCUGGGUAUGUAAA